UCCAGAUAAAAUUAAAUAAUGUUUGGUGGAUGGAUGCUGCUGGUAUGGUUUACACUUCAAAUUCAAACUUUUAAUUCUCUAACUAUUACAGGUUUGGAAUUUCCCAAUGAUAUAACCCUGGGACAGUCUGUAACUAUGAUUUGCAGAUUUACUGUCAGACCAAAUCAAAAGUUAGAUAGUGUGAAGUGGUAUAAAGAUGCACAGGAGUUCUACAGACUUCAUCCUUCAGGCCCAGCUUUGGAACGAAAAAAAUAUUUCAACCUGCCUGGUGUUAAGAUUGAUAACAGUUCUACGGAGUUUAUUCUAAAUCCUGGUAGUGGGGAGCAUAGGAUGGCUUUACAUCAUACUGGCAUAGCAUCAACAGGGACAUAUAGAUGUCAGAUAACUGAAGCACAAGCUCCUUUCCACACAGAACAGAUAGACAAGGACCUUAAUGUUAUCAUUCGUCCUGAGGAAGGAAGUCCUAUUAUGAUUGCUAAACCUACAGUUGGAACAAUUGGACAGGAAAUCAAUCUCAGAUGUUCUUCGGAUAGAAGUAAACCAGCAGCUCAGCUUUCUUUUUUUAUUAAUGGAGAAAGGGUUCCUGAGGAUAGAAUGAGUAGGGAGGAGAUUAUAACCGAGGAUGACGGGAAACUGGAAUCCUCAUUUAGGAGUAUGAGUUUCAUCAUCCAGGAUUCUCACUAUGUUAGAAAUGGGAUUAUUGAAGUUAAAUGCAAUGCAAAGAUAGGUGAAGCGUACUGGAAAUCAGCAACAGCUAGCAUCCAACUUCAGGGUAGACCCUCAUACAUGUUGGAGAGUAGGAGUAGUGCUAACUCAGGAAUUUCUUUGUUGAGCAAGGCUGUGCUUUUUCUGUACUUGAGCCCUCAUAAAACCGGUUUACUCUGCUUCUAAGUAUUAAACUACAAAUGUAAAUGUGUAACGUAGAAAACUUUAUGAGAUGAAUGUAACUAAAUGAAAGUUUUAAUUAUCAGAUCUUAUGUCACAUCCUCCUCCCGUCAACUUCUCUUUUAUAUAAUUCAAAGCUCUGCAGUAUACAAAUAUGUGUGCAUAUAUACGUAUAUGAGUUCAGAAUAUAUUUUAUAAAGAUUUUUAUAAGUUUAAUUAAAUGUAAAAAGAAUCUCUAACCAUGCUGUUUCACUGUUCUAUCUAAGACCAAAGACCUAUGACAAAGACUUAUUUAACAUCUACUAUUGACAUCCAAAACCUGUCUUAUUAAAACCUAACUUUAAAUACAGGCAAUAAGACUAUAUUAAUACAACCAAAUAAAUAAUGAAAAAAAAAUAUAGAAUCUUAAAUAGUUUAAGUUAAAACCAAAUGCCUAAUAAUCCAGAACUACUUUCUGAUAAUAUGACACAAACCAAAGACUUUUCUACUAUUAUUAAAAGAUCCGCUUAUGAUACCAAUCAUCUAACAGCGACCGAUUAUAUACUCAACAGCCAGCUAUAAAUGACCGAUUUUAUACUCAACAGCCAUCUAUAAAUGACCGAUUUUAUACUCAACAGCCAUCUAUAAAUGACCGAUUUUAUACUCAACAGGCAUCUAUAAAUGACCGAUUUUAUACUCAAAAGCCAUCUAUAAAUGACCGAUUUUAUACUCAACAGCCAUCUAUAAAUGACCGAUUUUAUACUCAAAAGCCAUCUAUAAAUGACCGAUUUUAUACUCAACAGCCAUCUAUAAAUGACCGAUUUUAUACUCAACAGCCAUCUAUAAAUGACCGAUUUUAUACUCAACAGCCAUCUAUAAAUGACCGAUUUUAUACUCAAAAGCCAUCUAUAAAUGACCGAUUUUAUACUCAAAAGCCAUCUAUAAAUGACAGAUUUUAUACUCAACAGCCAGCUAUAAUGGCCCAGUUUAUAUUAAACAAAGAUCUUUGAUAUACACACAAGAUCUAUCAAUUUCUAAAAAAACUUUAAUUACAAUGAAACCCAUAAAAUUAUGGAAUAGAAAGACGAUAGCUAUGAUCUAGCUGAAGCAGGUUAUAAACAUGAAACUCAGCAAUUGUGUUGUUCACCUAAAGAAGUUGAUUUCCACUACUGGUAAAACUAUUCGCAUUAUAACACCAUCAAAUACACAUAAGAUUGCUUCAAUGUUGUCGACCUAUUCCACAGUUUUUAUAGAUCUCACUGGAUACCAACCACAAAUUAUUUAAAUAUUUUCCAAAGGACUUUUAAGAAUAUACAAACCAACCCAAAUUAGAUUUAAGGAAAACAUAUCGAUUGCGGCGAAUAAGAUAACUAUUAUGUUACCAGGCACCAACUGAAUACUAAGACAGAUAUACCAGGAACCAUGAUUUUUUUUUACACAAUAGUGUAGUGCAGUUUUUGGGAGAAAUUUGCAUAAUUUAAGUACUGUACACUUUUAGUAUUUAAAUUUCUUCCAGAAAUUGCAUUUUAGAGGAUUCCUAAUGUAUUUCUUGUUUUAAUGUCUGUACUGUACAGAACUGUGUACAGUGUACUUGGUUACAGAAGACAAUAAAGGAAUU